CGGCGCAACCCAACUCCAAGCAAGACAUUCGCCGCCGCCGCCGCCGCGACAUCACCAGAGGGCAUCAAGCGGGGAAUGGCGGAGCGGCGGGUCGCGGAGCUGGGUCCCGGCGCGGCAUGCUGCGGCUGGAACCACUGUGGCCGCCGCCUCGCCUCCGGCGCCGUCGACGGCUCCGUCUCUGUCUACGACUCCCACCCGUCCCCCUCCUCGAAGUGGCAGGCCCAUGGGCAGGCCAUUGUGAAUGUUGUCUGGCUUCCUCCGGAGUAUGGGGAUGCUGUAGCUUGUGUUUGUGCUGAUGGGACGCUGUCUUUGUGGGAGGAGGUUGCUGAAGAUGAUCAACUUCCAACCUGGAGAAAGCGUAAAGUCUUUGAGGGUGGCAAUUGUCGCAUACUAAAUGUACAUUUUGGAUUACAUUUGGGAAGUCUGAAAAUGGUUACUACAUACUCAGAUGGCCAAAUCAAGAUCUUUGAGCUCUUGGAUUCCUUGGAAUUGGACAAGUGGCAGCUUCAGGCAGAGUUCCAAAAUGUGAUGGAUCCAGUCUCUAGAUUUGGAAAACCUGCAUGCACUUCUGCAUCAAUAGCAUGGAAUCCAAGAAGAAGUGUAAGCCAACAAGCUAGUUUUGCAAUUGGCUUCAAUUCAGAUUCGCCUCAUUUCAACUCUUGUAAGAUUUGGGAGUUUGAAGAAGUUCAUCAGCGCUGGCUUCCACUUGUUGAGCUUGGUUUACCUGAGGAUAAGGGAGAUAGAGUGUGUGCUGUAGCAUGGGCUCCUAACAUUGGCAGACCAUAUGAGAUUAUUGCAGUUGCAACCAGCAAAGGAAUUGCAAUCUGGCAUAUAGGUUUGAACACAGACUCUGAUGGCAGACCUUCGACAGAGAAUGUUGCUUUACUUUCUGGUCACGAUGGCGAGGUGUGGCAGCUGGAAUGGGACAUGGGAGGUAUGACACUCGCAUCCACUGGAGGCGACGGCAUGGUUAAGCUAUGGCAGGUCAACUUGUUUGGAGUUUGGCAUGAGCAGGCUGUUCUUGACUGUAGUGGACCACGUGUCUAGGGUAUUUCUUUACCCUUGUGCAAUCAUCACUAGGUGUUGCUGCUCUUGCUGCAGAAUUCUUCGGUGUUUCUUUCUUAUCUCCUGCGUGCUAUUAUAGUGGUUAGUUUGGCACUAUCGAAAUCCGGUCCCUCAAGGACGGCGCUUGUACUGCUCUAAUGACAUAUCGCGACACAUCACGUGCGCGAUGUAAACAGUUUUUAUGGUGUACCCGAAGAACGAUUGCAACUCUUCAGUGCUCCGGGGAUCGCCAUUGAGAGGUCCAGAAAAGGAAGGCACGCAGGUUUGUAUUGGAAGUCGCACAACGUUCACCUGAAGCUUUCGCUGGGCCGAGGCCAUCCACUUGUUCACGCUUCUGCUGGAUAUGCAUCAUGUAGCUACUGGUUUGAAAUCUUUGGCGUGUCCUUUCAAAAUAUAACACUGAUGUACUUGUGUCAUUAAGAGCAGACAACCCUGCUGCUAGCUAUGUGCGGCGCUAUGACUUUUCGAUGUACAAACUUCUGGGGAAGAGUACGAUCGUCGGUCCCCCA